CUGGGCAACUUGCACUUCAUGAUAUGCUUUGCAACUUUGUUUUGUGUACACGCCAUUGUACACGCCAUUGUUUUGUGCACAAAGGCUUACCAUGUGCUAAAGCACAGAGAGACUGUUUGCAGAUGACCAAUAGUGCAAAUCGCGUCAAAAAUUACAUAGACUGACCGUUGCUUCAUAACAAAGAAUAAUGAGUCAGUUUCUUUAUUCCAUCAUAUUCCCAAGCCAAAAAAUAGUGAGUCUUUGGCUCCAUUUCAAACGAUGGAAAAGCCGGAUAUUUUAUCUAUGCACAGACAAAAUAUCUGGCGUGUACAACCGGCAUGUACAAAUGGCAAUUUCCCAUGCUUUAUCAUCAUAUCAAGAUAUUAGAUUGACGUGUAACCAUAUUCUUGAGCUCACCCUUAUUGAAAAGCUUCACCUGCAAUCAGCAUUACGACAGUUGCAAGGAGAUGUUAUAGACCAAUUCUAUGGCCGUACAUAUGAACGAAAAAAGCAGUGCGGGGCAGAGAAGAUUUAUGACCAACGUGGGUGUUAAGAUUAUGAUAAAAGGAACGAGUUUUGAAUGCUCUUGUGAUGGUGAUCAGCAAUCUGAUUCCUCAAAAGCAAAGGAGUCUGCGGUUGCAAAGCUGAUCUAACAGAAAUGAUCAUUGAGAGUUAUGGCUAAAAUCAACAGAUCGUAUACUGAAGAUGAAUUAGUUGACAGAUUUUGUCUGACGGCUGCUUCAUGAUUGUGGGGAUAUUACCAUCCUAUCAUUUUCUGCAUUAAUGAAUUGCAUCUUUAAGUGAGCAGAAAGUACGAAGUAUAAUGUUUUGGUUUGUUUGUAUGGCUAAGGCAUCCUCUGGAGUCUGGACACCUUCACAAAUCACACUUCUAGUGAGGAGAAACAUCCCUCUGUUGGAAGAACUUGUAGUUAAGAAGACAGUUUUUACAGAUACGAAGGCCCAUGCUAAGGUUGAAUGCUCAUGAUGAGCAGGGUAAAGAUAGUCAAAUGUGGUUUUCAUUUUAGGGUAUGUUUGGGAGUUAAGUUUUAGAGUUGAGGGGAAGGAUGAGGAAGGUUUGUGUCCCUCCCUUUUUGCUUUGGG